UCCAGGUGAAGCUUCUCUCCUGAACUGCAGCUGACAGCUCUCUCUCUCUCUCUCUCUUUCUUUAUCUCUCGCUCUUUUUUCUUUUCCAUCUAUCAGGAAUACCACCCAGUUGUUCCUCAUCCAACAGCAGACAUGGCCAGUGGAGGGAUGCAGCUUCUCGGCUUCACUCUGGCGUUUUUAGGGAUGGUGGGCUUGAUCAUCGCCACCACCAUGGCGGAGUGGAAGAUGUCGUCUUACGCAGGGGACAACAUUAUAACAGCUCAGGCCUUGUACGAGGGACUGUGGCAGACCUGUGUGUACCAGAGCACAGGCCAGUUACAGUGCAAAGUCUAUGACUCACUCCUACAGCUGCCCAAGGAGGUCCAGGCAGCUCGAGGGUUCAUGCUGACGGGGAUCCUGCUGUGUGGCAUCGCCGUUCUGGUGUCGUCGGUGGGCAUGAAGUGCACAAGGUGUCUGGAGGAAGACGUGGAUCUCAAGAACAAAGUGGCCAUGGCUGGAGGAGGGUUGUUCAUCUUUGCAGGUGUCUGUGCUUUUGUUGCUACCAUCUGGUACGGAGAUAACGUCAGACGGAAGUUCUUCGACCCCUUCACCCCAACUAAUUCAAGGUACGAGUUCGGUAAGGCUCUGUAUAUUGGCUGGGGUGCGUGUUCUCUCGCGGUGAUCGGCGGCAGCUUGCUGUGCUGUACCUGUGGCCAGAAGACUUCAGCAGGCACAGGACCUCGUUACCCAGCGGGCAAUCCCAAACAACCCUCACAGCCCGGCUACGUCUAACACUCUGCUCUGUCCAUACACUCAGGCUACAUCCAGGUCCAAGCUAAAACAAAGAGUUACAGAACAAAUCAUCAAAGCCACCAGAUUCCUUUUUCUUUUAUGUAUUGCAAAAUUACAAUUGUAAUAUUUCUUCACUCAGAUCAGUUUUUUUUAAUUAUUUCUGAUUAAAUAAUGCA